AUGGACAGUUCAUCGUUUCGCAACAUAUCCAAUAAUCAGACAUUGCAGUUGUCCGUAGACUGGAAUUACGCCGCAGUCGGUCGCACCACACUAUGCAUCCUCCAACUGCUUCUCAAUUUUUCCAUGUUACUCGUCAUCAUCCGGCAACAGACUUUACGGACAGCGUUCAGUGUGUACAUCAUCGGUUUAUUAAGCGCCAACAUUUUCUACGCCGCGUGUGAAUAUCCAUUGGAAAUUCUCCUAGCCUUAUACAGCGAAUGGUGGAUGUCCAGAGCGGCGUGCAGCUUCUAUCUGUAUCAAAUCUGGGUGUUUGUCGCCGUGCCGAUGCACAUGCACGUCCUGAUCACCAUCAACCGAUUGUGGGCGCUGACCUUUCCACUAUCGUACCGUAACAUCCACAGCUCGAAAGUGGCCGGUUUGCUGUGCAUCGGAAAUGUAGUGUAUGUGCACAUCUUAUGCUUUCCGCUGUUUCUAAUUGAUGAACUGUACUAUCGCGUGCCGUUGGAGCGGUUCGGCUGUUCGCUGGACACUGUCAAUUUAAACGUGUACGCUAAUGUUGUGAACAUGAUGGCGUUUAACAUGCCCAUCAUCAUCGUUGUCUGCUCGUAUCCGUUUAUCCUCCAUAAGCAUCUGCAGCGGCGGAAAGUGUGGGCUGUGAAUAAAACGGAUCGUACCGGCGUUUAUGACAAGCAUGAUAAUCCGAUUUCAACGCAUCACAGAAGAGGAACGGAAAGCGUGGCGAACAAGCACACCGCCGAAAAUGUCCGUCCCUUCCUUGUUCUUAGCAUGCUGACCUGCAGCGUCUUUAUCUGCUGGACGCCCGAUCAGGUGUACUGGACUCUAGAUAAUUUCGUGGACACUUCGGGAUUCGUGUGGCUGCACCACGUGGGCAUGGUGCUGUACGGACUGCAAGCUGUGCUGGAUCCCAUUCUGUUUGCGGUGUCUUUAAGCAGUUUCCGAACCACAAUUAAGCAGCUAUGGUCCCAAUGGUUUUAA